AUGGUUGUCUUUCUUUCCUUUGUUAUUCCUCUUCUCCCCCUUGUAGCAAGUUUUGUGCACCCUGGUCUCCUCGUCUCCGAUAGCGAUAUCUCUCGCACCCAGAAAAAGAUCGAGACCGAUCAGGAUCCAUGGAUUACAUCUUGGAAUACCCUGACCGAUCUCUCAUUCUCUGACCCCAGCUACACUGCUUCCCCAGUUAGCGUUGUCUAUCGGGCUACCUGGGAAGACCAUACCGCGAACGCACAGCUCCUCUGGCAUGACGUCGCGGCAGCAUUCAAUCUAGGCCUACGCUGGAAAAUAUCCCGGAACACGAGCUUCGCCAAUGCCGCCAGCAAUAUCCUGCAUGCAUGGGCAACCACUCUCACUGCAAUCGAUGGUGGCGAUGACAAGUACCUCACAGCUGGCCUACAGGGGUACGAACUCGCCAACGCAGCCGAACUGCUCCGCGAUUAUCAGCCCUUCGUGGACAAUGUCCUCCCAGCUGUCGUGGAAAUGGCCAAUAAUAUCUUUAUCCCGAUGCACUAUAGAUGGCUGAACCAUGAAGAACCGUCGGAGCAUAAUGUUCUCCAUUUCUUCGCGAACUGGGAGUUGUGCAAUGUCGCUUCGGCGAUGGCUAUGGCUGUCAUAACCGAUAACAAAACUGUGUGGGAUUUCGCCGUGAAUUACUUCAAGACCGGGGAUGGAACGGGUGCAAUCAACAAUGCUAUCACCAAUAUCGUUGAAGAGCCGGGUACUGGGGCUUUACUCGGCCAAGGCCAAGAAUCCGGUCGUGAUCAAGGCCACUCAGCAUUAGACAUGCAACUUCUUGGUGUUAUCGGGCAGCAGGCCUGGAACCAAGGAGAGGAUUUGUUUGCCUAUAAUGAUAGCCGGAUUCUCCGUGGGAUCGAGUAUUUCGCGCGAUACAACCUUGGAAACGAUGUUCCCUUCGUGCCCUACACAAACGGUAUAGUCAGCCACACAGAGGUUAGUAGUGCUUCUCGUGGGGCCAUUAGACCUACCUGGGAGCUUCUCUACAGCCAUUAUGUCACGAUGAAGCGAAUGGACGCACCUUGGACAACUCUGUACCUCAACAAGACUCUUGACUAUUACGGCGGUGCAGAGGGCGGUGCGGGCUCCUGGGGAGAAGGGUCUGGCCAUUACGAUGGGUUGGGCUGGGGAUCGUUGCUUUAUCGCAUGAGUGAGUCUGAUGUGGUAGCACCAUUUUCCUCCAAAUCUGCCUCAACUACGGCAAAUCCCACAUCAAGGGCGUCCACUACAUUGAACUGGGCUCCUAGCACAACUUCUACGACGUCUGGCACAUCCGGCCAAAGUGCGCCUGUUUCGCGCUCAACCACCACAAACUUUGCUGCUGCCUCAGCUACUUCAGACACCCAAAGAUUUGCAUCAUCAACUAUUGCAGACGACAAUAGGACUCCCCCAUCUUCCAUGAGCAGUACAAGUUCAGCCAGCACGUCGACAACUUUGCCUACUGCACCACUUGAUACGUCGCAGAAAGCUCACCACCACCAUCAUCAUAACCACGUGGAAGGUCAGGCACAUGUUUGCUACAUACAAUAG